GAAUUCCACGUUCCCCUCCCUCCCUACCCAGCACAGGACAAGCUUUGGCUCAUCACUCGGCGUGUGCUGCUGCUCCUGUGCACUACAGUCAUCUGCGUCUCUGGGGCUCGUGCGCGUCUGUCUAAACUCCCAACUCUUAUCCCUUUUCGUCUGGUAUUCGGAAAAAACACCAAACGCAGCCAUGGAUGCCAUCAAGAAGAAAAUGCAGAUGUUGAAACUGGAUAAGGAGAAUGCUAUUGAUCGGGCAGAACAAGCUGAGGGAGACAAAAAGGGGGCAGAGGACAAAUGCAAACAGCUGGAAGAGGAGUUGCUGGGCCUCCAGAAAAAGCUGAAGGGAGUGGAAGAUGAGUUGGAUAAAUACUCUGAGUCGUUGAAGGAUGCCCAAGAGAAGCUGGAGCAGGCAGAAAAGAAGGCCACAGACGCAGAGGCCGAGGUGGCCUCCUUGAACAGACGUAUCCAGCUGGUUGAGGAGGAGUUGGACAGGGCCCAGGAGAGACUGGCCACAGCGCUGCAGAAGCUGGAGGAGGCCGAGAAGGCUGCAGAUGAAAGCGAGAGAGGAAUGAAGGUCAUAGAGAACCGGGCAUCAAAAGAUGAGGAGAAGAUGGAGAUCCAGGAAAUGCAACUGAAGGAGGCCAAACACAUCGCUGAGGAGGCUGACCGCAAAUAUGAGGAGGUGGCACGUAAGCUGGUGAUCCUUGAGGGUGAUCUGGAGCGAUCUGAGGAGCGUGCUGAGGUGGCAGAGGCUCGAGUCAGAGAGCUGGAGGAGGAGCUUAGGCUAAUGGACCAGAAUAUGAAGUCCAUGAUGUCCGGAGAGGAAGAGUACUCACAAAAGGAGGACAAAUAUGAAGAGGAAAUCAAAGUCCUUACCGACAAACUGAAAGAGGCUGAGACUCGUGCCGAGUUUGCUGAAAGGUCUGUGGCCAAGCUUGAGAAGACCAUUGAUGAUUUGGAAGAGAAACUGGCUCAAGCUAAAGAAGAGAACCUAGACAUGCACCAGACAUUGGACCAAACCCUCCUGGAGCUCAACAAUCUAUAAACAGAGCUCUGUCUGGGCUGAUGAACAAGAGCCACAAGGAGAAAGAUACAUUUAAAAAGCUUUACACUUUAUUGGGGCUCUUUCCUCUUUAAUACAUACUCAAACAAAUAAUUAAAGUCUUGCCUGUUAAAGGUAUUGGUGACUGAUCCUUAUGCUUUAGUAGUAGGUUAGUAAUAGUAGUCAAAGCUGAGAUAAAUAAGAUGCAGAAAGUAGAAAUUAGUCAUUUUAUAGAAGGUGUUUUUGCACACAUGCAAGUCACAAAUUCCAAACUUCACCAACUACAGUAGAAUAGGUUUUACAGGUGUAAAUGCACACAAACAACAUUGUGCAACAGAACAUUUGUACAUUUAUACAUUUGUAUGUUACAUGUCUUAAGUUUGAGUCAAUUUCAGAUGUCGAUGUAAAGAAUCAAGAUUACAUUUGCUUCAUUCUUCAGCAAUCUUUGUUGUUAUCUUUACCCAUUGUAUUGGAAUAUAAAAUGUACAACAGACAGUAUAACCCAGUGGUUUGAGCAUUUGACUGCAGAUCAAUAAGUCGCAGAUUCAAAUCCCUUCUGUGCUAUACAUCCCUGUGGAUAAAAGUGUGUGCUAAUUGAAGACAUGAUUUCUAAAACGACUGGUAUUAUUCUACAUUAUUGUGAUGUGCCACUCUGUUUUUAAUUAAUAAAUUGCUCACAGUAAAUAUUACAUUAUUAUAGAUUUGAUCUGUACAGGGAAAAUUACUAUUUACUUGUUUGAGCUAUUUCAGUCCUAUCUGGGAUUAAUACAUCUUUUGAAUGAAUGUCCAUGUUAGUGUUUCAAAAUGACUUCCCAAGGGAUCUGUUGAUAUCCUCAUAAACAACUUCAGCAACCUGUUUUUUGUUAUUGUGCCCAUUUGCUUGAAAUUUCAUUCUUUUGAUUUGGUCAAUAAAAAGGCUUGUAGAUUUGACAAAUUCCACAUAAUGAGAAGUGUACUAUCUGCCAAGCAUCUUCCAUUAACAUAGAAUUUGGCAAUGUCCAUAUUUAACCAUUUCUUUUUCUCAGUAACCCCCAAUAGAAUAAAAACAAUAAUUUGUGUUUCUUUUUCAUCUUAUUUUGUAGCUCUUUUUAAAUACAGUCACUUUCUGUGGUUAGUGAUAAUUGCUAUGAGCAUUGUAAUUUGAGGAGAGUUCCACAUUUGAGUUUAGAAAUUAUUUAUUUUCUUUCUUUUUUUAUCACCCAUUAUAUAAACUUCCCAAUCAACUGUGUAGGCUCUUUGUUUAUGGCAAAUAAAUGUUUAAAGGCAAGAUGGAUUUCAA